UUGUAGGUAUGUCAACGUAUGCGUCAUUUUCACCCAAACAACGCUAAAUUUCAGCCCUUUCAGACUCAUAAUUUACAUUAUAGUGAAGUGUGGUAUUGUGUUGCGUUGUUCAUGGACGUCAAAUUUAUGAAGUUUGAUGUUACUUUUAUUGCAAAAGUUCAGUUAGGGAUUUUUAUCUCAAAUAUAAAUUAUUGGCUACACUACGACUUCUUGCUCACAGACAAUAGAAUUUACCGCCAAUUGUGUUGAAAGACGUUUUUGUUCAACGCGGUUUAAAGUAAAAUAAAAUCUCACGAAGUGAAGUUGGUUUGUUGGUGCACAUUUCAGUUUUAUUUGUAUUAAGUGAAAUUGGUAUGGAUGUGCCAGAGGCACAAGUCGGUCAGCAACGUGUGAGAGAUGAAGUCGGGGUGAGAUGUCAGAAACUGUUCCAGGAUUUCUUAGAAGAGUACAAGGAGGAUGGCAAAAUCAAGUAUUUAUAUGGUGCCCAAGAGCUGCGGAAUCCAGAGAGAAGUACACUCGAAGUUUGUUUUGAAGAUAUUGAAAAAUAUAACCAAAAUCUUGCAGCCACAAUAGUAGAGGAAUAUUACAGGAUAUUUCCAUUUCUGUGUCAAGCAGUACGAAACUUUGUCAAGGAUAGAGGGGAAGCAAAAGAUGACAAAAAAGAGUACUAUGUGAGUUUUACAGACGUACCUACUCGUCACAAAGUUCGAGAACUGACAACAGCAAAAAUUGGAACCCUAAUUCGCAUCUCAGGACAGGUGGUACGGACUCAUCCAGUUCACCCAGAACUUGUGUCAGGAACUUUUAUCUGUCUGGACUGUCAGACAAUGAUAAAGGAUGUAGAACAACAGUUUAAGUUCACAAACCCAACAAUCUGUCGCAACCCUGUGUGCUCCAACAGACGACGCUUCAUGCUAGAAGUGGACAAGUCGCUGUUUGUUGAUUUCCAGAAAGUUCGCAUUCAGGAAACACAGGCUGAGCUGCCUCGAGGGUGCAUUCCUCGUAGUGUGGAGGUUGUGCUGAGAGCAGAUGCUGUGGAAACUGUUCAGGCUGGAGAUCGCUAUGACUUCACAGGAACACUGAUUGUUGUGCCAGAUGUUGGGGCAUUGGCUCUUCCAGGGGCCAAGGCUGAAGUUGGAUCACAUCACAAGGCCGGGGAGACAAACACAGAUGGAAUUCGAGGUCUCAAAGCCCUUGGUGUUCGUGAACUCCACUAUCGCAUGGCUUUUCUAGCAUGUUCAGUCCAGGCAACCAAUCCUAGGUUUGGGGGUGGAGAAUUACUAAUGGAAGAGAUUACAGCUGAGAUGAUGAAGCAACAGAUGACUGAUGCAGAGUGGAACAAGGUGUAUGAAAUGAGCCGUGACCGGAGCCUGUACCAGAACUUGGUUGAAAGUCUUUUCCCAUCCAUUCAUGGCAAUGAUGAAGUUAAGCGAGGUGUAGUCUUGAUGCUCUUUGGCGGGGUUCCUAAGAAAACAAUGGAGGGAACUACCCUGAGAGGCGAUAUUAACUGCUGUAUAGUAGGAGACCCAAGCACUGCUAAGUCUCAGCUACUUAAACAGGUAGCAGACUUUAGUCCUCGAGCAGUAUACACUUCUGGAAAAGCAUCUAGUGCAGCUGGUCUGACAGCGGCUGUUGUCAAAGACGAGGAGUCAUUUGACUUUGUAAUAGAGGCUGGUGCCCUUAUGUUGGCAGACAAUGGUAUUUGUUGCAUUGAUGAGUUUGAUAAGAUGGACCCUCAUGACCAGGUGGCAAUCCAUGAGGCUAUGGAACAGCAGACAAUCUCAAUAGCCAAGGCUGGAGUAAGAGCAACUCUGAAUGCUAGGACAUCUAUCCUUGCUGCAGCAAAUCCGAUAGGUGGUCACUAUGAUAGAACUAAGUCAUUGCAACAGAAUAUUGCACUCACAGCACCAAUCAUGUCAAGAUUUGACUUAUUCUUUAUUUUGGUUGAUGAGUGUAAUGAGGUGGUGGAUUAUUCAAUUGCCCGCAAGAUUGUGGACCUACAUAGCAACAAAGAGGACACUGUGAAGAGGGUGUAUUCUCGGGAGGAGGUGCUACGUUAUAUCACUUUUGCUCGUCAGUUUAAACCCCUAAUCAGUGAGGAGGCAGCAAUCCUUCUGGUGGAACAGUAUGCUCAUCUCAGGCAGAGGGAUAGCUUGGGUGGAGGGAAGGCCACUUGGAGGAUCACUGUUAGGCAGCUGGAGAGUAUGAUACGUCUCUCAGAAGCUAUGGCUAAAAUGGAAUGCUCUGAUGAGGUGCAUAUAAAACAUGUGAAAGAAGCUUACCGUCUGCUGAACAAGUCGAUCAUUCGUGUUGAACAGCCUGACAUUAAUCUAGAUGAGGAGGAACAACCGGCAGAUGAACCUAUGGAUUUGGAUGGAGAUAAUAUGAAUGCACCUCAUGCUGAGUCUGAAGCAGUGAAUGGUGAUGCAAUUGGUGAGGGGGGUGUACAAAAGAAGAAACUGACUUUGUCAUUUGAGGAGUAUAGGACUUUGUCGACUAUGCUGAUUGUACACAUGAGAAAUGAAGAAAUUCGAACAGAAAGAGACGAUGAAGGAAUCAGUGAAGGUUUGAAGCGUAGUGAUGUAGUGGCAUGGUACCUGGAGCAGGUACAGGAUCAGAUAGAGUCUGAGGAGGAGCUGCUGAAGAAGAAGGCAUUGGUGGAGAAAGUGAUUGACCGACUCAUAUAUCAUGAUCAAGUUAUCAUCCCAUUAAUGAAGACGGGACUGAAGGGAGAUGACGAGUCAAGCGAAGGUGACCCACUGCUUGUUGUGCACCCGAACUACAUUAUAGAACUGUGAGGCUGUUUUUCAUACAGGCAAGUGAAUUAUGUAUUUACACUGACCUGUAAUAUAUCUUACACAUAAAUUUGUCUGUUGACAUUUUGUUUUCUAUUCUGUCUUCUGAAAAAUUGUAGAAUAGUACUGUAUGUAUUCAAAUACCAUAUGCCUUUUUGUAGCAUUUUUAAUAAGAAAAUAUUAAUUUAAAAUACUAAAUAUUUUUAAAUGCUAUGAUGACUGUAUAAGAGACUGGUAGUAAAUAAGUAAGUAAAUAAAUUGGUGUACUGAAUAAGGAUGACAACAUGGGGGCUCAAAGAUUUUUUAAAAUGUUGUUUAAUACAGAAUGGAAACUGGAGCUGAUCAGUUCACGUGAUAGUAGCAGUACAUGUGCUGAGCUUGUAAAUGACACAUCAAUGGCAAAUGUGACAGCAAGAUGUGUAGUGGCAGUGAGGGUAUGAUAUUAACCCUUCAUGGUCCUUUGUCGGACUGAGUCCGACAUUUGAAGAUCCGAGUUCUGGUCCGAUGUCGGACUGAGACCGCCACAUAUUUUACAAAUUUUUUACGUGAUCUGGUGUCAAACCGAGGCUGGCAAACAGUGUCAGCAUAUCAUUCAAGCCUUCUUCUUUGCACUAGUUUAUCCUAGAUUUCCUGGUAAGACUUACCUUAUAAUAGUGAAAGGAGGCAGGAGAGAAAAGUCGUUUUAUUCUGACACGUGUCGAAGGAAGCCAGGAUUCCACACCAAAUGUUUUGCCAUUCGUCAUAUAGUAAAGGAAUACCAUUGGGUAUGUAACUGUGAUAUUUACUUAUCUUUCUAAUAGGAAAUUAUAUUUUUUUAAUUAUUUUUGAUACAUAGAGCAAACCACCACUGACAUGCAUAUUCAUUUGUCUUCUUAUCAAGCAUUCUUUAUGUGUAGUGACUUCAUUGUUUACACUUCGCAUUCUGUUUCACUUUUAUGGUGUUGAACUUGUUCUUGAUCCUUCGAACACAAUCAACGCUAAAGGAAGCACAGCUCUGAGAUUACGAAAUCCAAUGCUUAUACAUCGUAUAUCCGCAUGCAGUAAGAGAUGUUAAGAUGUCGCCAAAGUCAUAUCUAUCGACUCGGUCUCCCUUUAUUCUCUACCGAACAACAGCAAGUAGAAAGGCACCACUUAUUACACAUCUCACUAGCAACAGUGGUACAGUCCGUGAAAAAUAUUUCACACGGUCAGUAUUCAAACAAGAGGAACUGUCAUCCUCUCAGAAGAUAUUUUCACCAUAUUUAGCAAAGUUUCUUCCGUUUUAUGCAAGUUAUGAAAGAAAAUCAAACCAGUUCAUAAUAGUAGUUGAUUUUAUACAGCUUAGUGGUAUUUAAAAGGGACUGCAAAGGGUUAAUAUACAUACAAGAGUUUGACCACAGUUUGUGGUGGUAUGUACUUCAAGAUAUUUGUAGAUAAAGAAACAUGAUGUUGAAUAGUCCUACAAUUUAUCAAUGACCUGUUAUUCAUUUAGUGUAGUGGAAAUUUAAAAUGUGUAACUAGGAAAGUGAAAUUUUGUGUGAAUGUGAUAUUUUAAGCUGCAAGAAGAAUGGCCCUGCUAUAAAGUACAAAGUGUCAUAAAUGAACCCUCAUUCUUUA